UAUAGGACGGCUGAUGUGUCUGAGCGCGCUGGUGCCGAGUUAGCGCUGCCAGGUUAUAUAAAUACAAAUAGGUGAAGAGGGGCAGCGGAGACCUCUUGCACUUUCUUGACGGCGCACGUCGCAGCGACCAGUCCUCGCCGAGCAUCAUGGCUCGACACGCGUGUCUGUGUCUUGGUGUGUUGUUGCUCAGCUGUCUCGUUACGGGCGAGACGCGAGUUAAGCGGCAGGAGGAGGAAGGCGGAGAUGAAGUUAACGCCGAGCAGUUGUGCGACGGCCGCCCGGCAGACGAGUACUUCCGUCUCACCACCGAGGGAGACUGCCGCGAUGUAGUCAGGUGCGACAAGGGCGGUGAGAACGGCGUGACUCGGCUCGCCUCAGUGCGCUGCCCGGGCGGUCUCGCCUUCGAUAUCGACCGUCAAACUUGUGACUGGAAAACAAAUGUUAAGAAUUGCGAUAAAAUAGAAAAACCGAGGAAAAUUUUGCCUAUCCUGAAAACUGAUGAGCCCAUCUGCCCUGAAGGAAAAUUAGCCUGUGGAAGUGGUGACUGUAUUGAAAAGGAACUGUUCUGUAACGGAAAACCUGACUGCAAAGAUGAGUCUGACGAAAACGCUUGCACGGUCGACGUUGACCCUAACAGAGCUCCGGACUGCGAUCCCAACCAGUGCGCACUCCCUGACUGUUUCUGCUCUGCCGACGGAACUCGUAUUCCUGGAGGCAUUGAAGUCAACCAAGUGCCUCAAAUGAUAACCAUUACUUUCAAUGGUGCCGUGAACGUUGACAACAUUGACUUGUAUGAGCAAAUAUUUAACGGAAAUCGUCACAACCCCAACGGUUGUCAGAUCCGUGGUACAUUCUUUGUCUCGCACAAAUACACGAACUAUGCUGCCAUUCAAGAACUGCACCGCAAGGGUCACGAAAUCUCCGUUUUCUCCAUCACUCACAAGGAUGACCCCAACUACUGGACCAGUGGAAGUUACGACGAUUGGCUCGCUGAAAUGGCUGGUGCUCGUUUAAUUGUUGAACGAUUCGCUAACAUUACCGACUCUUCUAUUAUUGGCGUCCGUGCUCCUUACCUUCGUGUUGGAGGAAACAAGCAAUUUGAAAUGAUGGCUGACCAAUACUUUGUUUACGACGCAUCCAUUACAGCUCCUCUUGGUCGCGUUCCUAUUUGGCCAUACACGCUGUAUUUCCGUAUGCCCCACAAAUGCAACGGCAAUGCUCACAACUGCCCAUCCAGAAGCCACCCAGUAUGGGAAAUGGUUAUGAAUGAAUUGGACAGGAGGGAUGACCCUACUUUCGAUGAAUCUCUUCCUGGUUGUCACGUAGUGGACUCUUGUUCUAACAUCCAAACCGGAGAACAGUUCGCCCGCCUUUUGCGUCACAACUUCAACCGCCACUACAGUACCAACCGCGCUCCCCUUGGUCUUCACUUCCACGCUUCCUGGCUUAAAUCUAAAAAAGAAUUCAGAGAUGAGUUGAUUAAGUUUAUCGAAGAGAUGUUGGAAAAGAACGACGUUUACUUCACCUCCCUUAUUCAAGUCAUUCAGUGGAUGCAAAAUCCUACAGAACUAACAUCACUCAGAGAUUUCCAAGAAUGGAAACAGGACAAAUGCGACGUGAAAGGUCAACCUUUCUGCUCUUUACCAAAUGCUUGUCCGUUGACAACUCGGGAAUUGCCAGGGGAGGUCCUACGUCUUUUCACUUGCAUGGAAUGCCCCAACAACUACCCAUGGAUUCUAGAUCCUACGGGUGAAGGCUUCAAUGUUAAGAAGUGAUCUCUUUAAGAUAAAUUUAAAAGACUGUACACAUGUAAAUAAUACUCAAUAAUGUUAAUAAUAAUAACAGUAAUUAUUAUGAAUGUGGCAGGGCGUCAUCAUGCAAAGUGAACAUAAUUUUAAUUAGGUACAUUAAAAAAUGUGAAAAGUGACCAGUGUUCACAUUCCACCAUCUGCCGUUACUUGUGGUUUUAACUAAAUGUAGGUAAAUAAUGAAAUUUUAUAAUCUAUGUUACCUAUUACCCUGACAAUAAAAAUUUUAAUUUUACAAAACAUAAAA